CCCGCCCAGCCGGCUUCCGCCUGGAAUGUAGAGCGUUGCCAUUGGCGUCUGUCCCGCGGACCCCACGCGCGUCCCGCCGGUUCCCGCCGCUCUGAGCUCCGCUGCGCGAGCUUCCAUUGUCCUUAUGGCUGUGGGAGCCGGGACGCGUGUGUGUUGCCUCUGCUGAUGCCGAGGCUGCCUUUGCGCCCCCGUCGCACGGUGCGUCUCCCGCCCCAUGGAGCCGCCCGCGGGGGCCGCCGCGACCGAAAAGGCUCCUGCGGCCCGAGACGACCCCAAGGAUGCCAAGGUCUCGGCGCCAGUUGGGAACCCCCCGACCAAGACGUCGUCUCCGCAGAAAGCUGGACACUCGCUACAGAACUGGGACACCGUGGCCACAGUGGGCACCGGAACGUUUGGCCGCGUGAACUUGGUGAAGGAGAAGACAGGCAGGAGGUACUAUGCCUUGAAGAUUAUGAGCAUCCCGGAUGUCAUCCGCCUGAAGCAGGAGGAGCAUGUGCAGAAUGAGAAGGCAGUUCUGAAGGAAAUCAACCAUCCUUUCCUUGUUAAACUGUUCUGGACUGGCCAUGACAACCGCUUCCUGUACAUGCUGAUGGAGUUCGUGCCUGGUGGUGAGCUGUUCACUUACCUGAGGAACCGUGGCAACUUCUCCUCAGUUGCAGCCAUCUUCUACUCCACAGAGAUCGUGUGUGCCAUCGAGUACCUGCAUUCCAAAGACAUCGUGUACAGGGACCUAAAGCCUGAAAACAUCCUUCUAGACAGGGAAGGGCACAUCAAACUCACUGACUUUGGCUUUUCGAAGAAGCUGGUGGAUAGGACAUGGACUCUCUGUGGGACACCAGAAUACCUUGCCCCAGAAGUCAUUCAGAGCAAAGGCCAUGGGAGAGCCGUGGACUGGUGGGCACUGGGCAUCCUUAUAUUCGAGAUGCUGUCUGGGUUUCCCCCAUUUUUUGAUGACAACCCAUUUGGGAUUUACCAGAAAAUUCUUGCGUGCAAAAUAGAUUUCCCCAGACAUUUGGAUUUCACCUCUAAAGACCUGAUCAAGAAGUUACUGGUGGUGGAUAGGACCCGGCGCCUGGGCAGCAUGAAGAACGGGGUAGAAGACAUCAAGCGGCACCGAUGGUUCCGGGGUGUGGAGUGGGAGUCAGUGCCACAGAAAAAACUCAAGCCACCUAUUGUACCCAAGUUAUCGGGUGACGGCGACAUCUCCAACUUUGAGACUUAUCCAGAGAGUGAAUGGGACAAGACCCCCCCUGUGUCUGAUAAAGAACUGGAAACGUUCAAAAAUUUCUGAGGAACGGGAACCCACAUCCGCAAGGAGCAUGAAGAAUUCCACGCAGUGCCGAGGACCAGAACCAUUUUUGUUGCUUGACUUUAUUGUUUUUCCUGAAAAACUAGAAGGAUUCGGUAUGUGUAUCCACUACCCAUUCAAGGCUAACGGGAUCAUUGCCCUCAGGACCCAGCCUCAUUUUCAAAACUAGAAACCUGCCCGUUGGGAAGUUUGUAAAACCUGUUAAAUUGUAGAUUUUUUUCCCUUCUUUGUGAGUCUUGUGUUCGUGCUGUGGAGUUAGAUAUUGUUGUUUCGCUACUGAAUUUCGUAAGUUUGAAUUUGACCCAUUUAAUUCUAGCUGUCACUGUGUAUGUGCACAGACAAUGUGCAAAACUGAUACUUUGAUAUGCCUGGGACAUGUUUAUUUUCCAAAGCUUUCUGAAAAAUCUGUCACCCUGCAGGCAAAAAAAAGGGGGGGUGCGAUAUAUGCAUUUUCAAAAUGCUUUUCUAUGCAUUUUGCAGUCAUUUGUGUGCAUUGUUUGUUUAGUUUCUCUCUGGUCAUUAUAAACUUGGAAGGCAGGAAGCCACAUGCCCUGCAGACCCUCUUUCAAAUAUGGCACAAACAGGUGACUUGCCGCAGUUUACACGUUUCUAGUAAAAUAUCCUUUCCUAAAGUUAAGCCAGAACUUUGUAUAAUGCAUUAACCACUUGGCAUCCUGAGUGCAAAGAUUGCCUUUUUAUGAUAAUACAAAUUUAUUCACAUUCCCAAAAGGGAACUUUAAGGAUCCACCCCUCAACUCCCUCCUCUGUUGUAAAUGAUAUUUUCUUCCCACCAAACUUAAUCCUGUUCUUCCAGCCUUGUUCAUCUGUAAAAACUCAGGUUCCAGGCUGGUAACUUUUUUUUUCUUUUUUUUCUUUUUUCUUUUUUAUUUUUAUUUUAUUUAUUUAUUUUUUUGNGACAAGAGUUUCUCUGUGUAAUGGGCCUAGCUGUUCUGGAACUAGCUCUUGUAGACCAGGCUGGCCUCAAACUCACAGAGAUCCGCCUGCCUCUGCCUCCCAAGUGCUGGGAUUAAAGGUGUGUGCCACCACUGCUCUGCUGGGCUGGGAACUUUUAUGAACGUUUGUACAGAGCUGUAUUUUCAUUGAACUUUCUCAGCCCUUUCCAGUAUGCAAAAUAACUGGGUUAAGUACCACAAACAAACAUACACAGGAGAUAGAACUCAAGAUUAUAAUCAAGCUGGGCGGUGGUGGCGCACACCUUUAAUCCCAGCACUCGGGAGGCAGAGGCAGGCGGAUCUCUGUGAGUUCGAGGCCAGCCUGGUCUACAAGAGCUAGUUCCAGGACAGGAACCAAAAGCUACGGAGAAACCUUGUCUCGAAAAAUCAAAAAAAAAAAAAAAGAUUAUAAUCAAGCCCUGUGAAUA